UUCUAGACACAAGGACUCCGAUCUUGGUUUGAGGAUUCAAAGUAGGCAAGAGACACCAAAGAUGCUAACGAGAAAGAUUAAGCUUUGGGACAUUAAUGCCCAUAUAACCUGUCGUCUGUGCAAUGGAUACCUGAUUGAUGCUACUACUGUAACAGAAUGCUUACAUACUUUCUGUAGAAGCUGCCUGGUGAAAUAUUUGGAGGAAAACAACACCUGUCCAACCUGUAGAAUUGUUAUACAUCAGAGCCACCCGUUACAGUAUAUUGGUCAUGACAGAACAAUGCAAGAUAUUGUUUACAAACUUGUGCCAGGCCUCCAAGAAGCGGAAAUGAAAAAGCAAAGGGAGUUUUAUCACAAACUGGGCAUGGAAGUUCCAGGGGACAUCAAAGGAGAGACAUGUUCUACAAAACAGCACCUAGAUUCCCAUCGAAAUGGUGAAACUAAAACAGAUGAAAAUUCAAACAAAGAAACUUCUGAGGAAAAACAGGAAGAAGAUAAUGACUACCACCGAAGUGACGAACAGGUAAGCAUCUGCUUGGAAUGCAAUAGCAGCAAAUUGCGUGGAUUGAAACGAAAAUGGAUUCGCUGCUCAGCACAAGCAACAGUCUUGCAUCUAAAGAAGUUCAUUGCCAAAAAACUUAAUCUUUCUUCUUUUAAUGAGCUGGACAUAUUAUGCAAUGAAGAGAUUCUUGGCAAGGACCACACGCUCAAAUUUGUAGUUGUUACUAGAUGGAGAUUUAAGAAAGCACCUCUACUGCUACAUUACAGACCCAAAAUGGACUUGCUGUAAGAGAACUUUAUUGUCCUUCUGGACAGAGAUUUUUGCAGAGACGAUCAUCUGGCACCUUCUUAGUGCAUCACUAAUCACAUGACACAAACCAGCUGAAUAAUUUUGGAAGACUGUAGUCCUUUCAUAGUGGACUGUCCUUCUGAAUAUUUCUUCUAGGGAUGUGUUACCUAGAUUUCUGGACAGAAAAUAUUUAUACUUCUUUUGUAUGGAAGAAAGAAGUCGUAACUCAACAAGACACUACCAGCACUAAGUUUACAGAUACUGAAAACACUUCACAGUUCCAUGUAGCUCAGCCUGAUUUAUCUCUUACAGUUACACAGAAAUAAGUUAGAAUGUUGUGGGGUGAUUUUAAAACGUUGCUUUUCACAUCAAGUUGCAUUUAGUUACUUUUCACAUUCUGAAUCUUUAAAAACUAUAUUUUUGCAAAGUGUUACUGUCUUAUAUAGUAUACCUGAUUGCAUUGGCUUUAUUCAAGUUGUUCUGUAGAGCAUUGAACAUACUGAAUGAUAUAGUGACUGGUGAUAACUUAUUAUGCUGCAUUGAAAAUUUCUGAAAAUCUGGGAAACCAAUAAGUUUGUCAUUUUUGCCUAGUUAUUGCCUCACUUUGUGUUUAAGUAAAGUUUUGAUACUCCCCUAUGCAUGUUGAUUUGGUAAGAUUACUAGAAAUAAUUUCAGUUGAUUUUAAUGUGCCCUGAUACUUUGCUGUGGCAUAAAUUGCACCACAUAAUAACAAAUACUCAAAAGUGCUAGAUUUGUGAACUUUUUAAAAAAUAAACAUUUCUAUGUAGUUGUGGCUUGCAGAAAUCAGUUUUUAAUUUAGAAAGAAUUUGCUCUCACUAGCUAUUUAAACACUGGCUCUUGGGCAACUUUGAGUGAUAUUGCACAGUUUUCACUUCACUGAUUAAAAAUUCCUCAGACCAUUAUAAGCAGCUUUAUAUUUCCUUUUUCUGUUUUCUUAUGAAACUGUAGCAUUUUCUUUAUUU